AUGCCCCCAGGAAACCAAGGCAAGCCGCCCAGCUAAGAAGAAAAGGGUGAGCUCCAGAUGUCAUCAGAGCUAUCGGAAUCCAGGCUCAGAAGUGGCCAGCCGCCAGCCCUCCUGAAAUUCAGAGACAGUGCCAUGAGGGUCCCUCCCCUGGACACAUCUCCUCAGUAAACUCUCCAGUGCUGGGCGGAGGGCCUCCCAACCGUGCUCACCUCUUUCCUGCUGUGUAUCUCCACUACCGUUCAUUAAGAUGUUGAAUCCGCAACACAAAGCACGGCUGGAGCGCCGGAUUGUCGGCUCAACCAACCGGUGGCGUCUGCCUCAGGAGCCUUUCUUCGGGGACCUGCUGGCACUCCCCCAGAUGUGCCAGGCUUUGGGCAUAGACAUUGAGGAAACUCUGAAGAACCCAGAAAGGUUACGUAUUCCAAAAAUCCAGAAAAUUUUCACGGAGAAUUUGAAGGACAAGGCCAGCCAAAACGGGGAAGCAGACGUGACUCUCGAAUGCCUCGGCUUCAAGUGGGAACUCCACCAGCCCCAGCUGUUCCAGUCGGAGACCUUGACCAAGCUGUACUUGGCCGCCCUGGGCCGGGGCGGUUCAAGCCCCCGCCGAGCUCUGUUGCCUGGGAAGGUCCAAGAACGCAACCGUGUAAAGAGGAUGAUCAUUUCCCUGAAGAUCAACGAUCCAGCGGUCACCAGAGCUGCCUUCGCCACGGCUCUGAAGAACCUCUACCUGAAGGAUGAGGAGAUGAACGUGGAAGAAGUCCUGGGCGUGCUGGCCUCCGCCCACGUCCUGCAGUUCAGCCGCCUGUUCAAGAGAUGUGUGGUCACGAUGAUGAACGGACUGAAGCCAAGCACCAUCAAGAACUUCUACCUGGCUGGCCACAGGUACAAGGAAGAGCAGCUCACCACCGCUUGCGAGAAGUGGCUGGAAAUGAACUUGGUCCCCCUAAUGGCGACACAGAUCCAUCUUCGGCAUAUCCCUCAGGAGCUGCUCCAAAAGGUGCUGAGGUCCCCCAGGUUGUUCACCUUCAGCGAGUUUCAUCUUCUGAAAACUUUACUCAUGUGGGCCUACCUGCAGCUCAACAGCAAGAUCCAGGCCAUCCCCAUCCACGAGACCAUGCUGACGUUUUUCAACAGAAGGAAGCAUCCUGAAGGGCUUCUGUUCUUCUCUGUGCCUCUGCUAAGCUUUCCCAAGAAGUGCUGCUUUCUGGACCGAGACAUAGGACAGAGCUGGCUGCCGCUCUUCCUUUGCUUGCGUCUGCACAGCAUCACUAGCGGCAGGGAUCUGGAGGAGUUAAGGCACAUUAACUUCUUUCCCGAGUCCUGGCUGAUCCGGGUUACAGCCAACCAUUACCACGCAGGCCCGGCACACAGUAGGUUUUCCAUAAAUUCUUGUGGACCAGAUGAAUGGCUGGACAGAGGGUCUGGAGAUGGAACUCCUCCCAGGACCGUGGUGGUGGCGGCUGGGGAGACCCAGGAAGAUGGGGGAGGCGACAGAGGCUCCUUUCCACUGCUGGAGAACACCACUCAUUCAAAGAUGAUUUCUAUAUAUGGAUUCUUCUUUGAGAUAAAGGGAAUCAAACAUGACACUACCUCUUACAGUUUUUACAUGCAGAGAAUAAGGCACACAGACUUGGAUUCCCCCUCCACCAUCUGCGAGCACAGCGCUGUCAGCCUGAAGUCGGAGCGUCUGGUGAAGUAUGAGAUCCGAGCCCAGGCCCUGGUGGAAGGCAGGUGGCAGGAGUUCAGCACCAACCAGAUCACACAGAAGUUCGGCUUCGUCCAGCCGUGCUGCAGAAGCCACGCCCUGAAAAUCCAAACUGUGGGCAUCCCAAUCUAUGCAAGUUUUGCAUUCAUCUUCCCACUAUCUUGACAGUUUCCAGAAGAUUCUAUGGGAUUCCCCCCACGUGGGUCUGCAUAAAAGGAAAUAAAAUGACAUUAAAGGGGA